AUGUCGGGAAUUUUAAGCAAGCGACAACUUGCGCGGAAUGAGCAGGCACUUCAAGAACUUGUGAAAUUGCCAGGAAACAAUGUUUGCGCAGACUGCCAGGCGAGGAAUCCAGGAUGGGCAAGUUGGAGUCUGGGAAUAUUCCUAUGUAUGCGUUGCGCGGCCUUACACCGAAAGCUGGGAACACAUAUCACAAAAGUUAAAUCAUUGAGUAUGGAUUCAUGGUCGAAAGAUCAAGUAGAUCAUAUGAAGAAGACUGGAAAUGUCGCGUCAAAUCGAAUCUAUAAUCCUAAAAAUACUCGACCUCCGAUCCCUAUCGAUGCCGAUGAAGCAGAUUCGGCCAUGGAACGAUUUAUACGACAGAAAUAUGCCAACGGACCGCCAGCCCAGAGACGGAAUAAUACUGGUAGUUCGAGCUCAGACGAUCAUCCUCCACCGCUUCCUCCCAAAAAUGGGACCAAAUUCGGCUUCAGAUCGGCUUCUUCCAUUUUCCCCCUAUCCUCAAAGGCGAAAAAAGACAAUGCAGAUGCGCAGGCAGAAUUUGAUCAUUAUAGCCAAGCGCCAUCCCCUCCGAGAAAGAAUAAGCAUUCAAGAAUAUUCGGAACUUCCCUUGACGCAACGGAUGAUCUCGAGUCGAAGUUGGCCAAACUGCGAGACAUGGGGUUCAGGGACGAGAAGAGAAAUAAGGACGUGCUAAAAGGCUUGAGUGGAAAUUUGGAGAAAUCUAUUGAAACUCUAGUUCGAUUGGGCGAAGGUGGUUCCAGUGCAAGAACGGCAUCGUCUAUAAAUUCUUCUGGGCCGCGAACCCCAGCUAGCCCACCUGGUCUAUCAUUUGAGCGACCUCAAGCAACCAGUCCCACUAUAUCAUCGGCGUCGAAUAACCCAUUUGAUAGACUUGAUAAUCCAGUAUUUCCCCAGGCACAAUCUACACAAUCUACUGGUUCAAUGGCACAAGGGCAAAAUCAGAUGAUGGAAGGAAAUCCAUAUCAAAAUAUUGCGAGCACAAAUCCAUUCGGGUUAAUGCCGUCACAGUCACAACUCAAUCUCAACCAAGCCUUUCAAAACAUGUCGGUAUCUUCGUCACAGCCUCUUUUCCCUCACCACACAGGGGGGCUGCCUGGUUCUCAACCCCCACCAGUGCAACAAUUAUAUCAGCAAUCUAUGACACCCCCUGUUCCAUCUCUACCACAACACCAUUAUGCUCCAGUCAUAUACGAAAAUCCAGGUCCACAGCCUCAAUUACAGCAAAAUUAUCGAAAUAACUUGAAUACGAAUCCAUUUAUGCAACAAGCAUCACCGCAACCAGUCGUAAAUACCAAUCUUCAGUCGAACCCCUAUAUGCAACAAUCGGUGAUGAAGCAACCUAUAUUCGUAAGUCCAGCCACUCAAACACCACAACAGCAGUAUCCUCCCGGGAGCUACAACAUGGGAAUGCAGAAUCCUCCACAACAAAUGAAUCCUUUCUUUAACCAGGCGAGUCAACAACAACAAGUACAGCAGCAGCAACAGCAACAACAAGUACAACAACAACAAGUACAAAACAACACAAAUACAACAACAACAAGUUCACAACAACAAAAUACAACAACAACAAAUACAGCAACAACAGCAACCGAGGUCGCAAUUGCAGUAUGGAUACCAGCAGCAACAGCAACCGCAAUCACAAUACCAACAGCCUCAAGUCCAACCCCAGCAAGCUCAAUAUGA